GCGAACUCCUACAAACACUUCGUUUUUGUUCCAGUUGACCCCCGUCGGCCACCGUACACCUGGACACGUGACUCCGGCACUUCCUGUGUAGUUUUGUAACUGUAAUAAUGACGUCAUUUCAGCGCCCGUGACAGGUGAGAUGGCUCAGGUGUGGCGGUCGGUCGGUGACGCCUUGUGGUCGGUGUGUGCGGCUGACUCCAUGUCCAUGCCGGUCCACUGGUACUACGACACCGAGGACAUCAGGCGGGACUUUGGAUGCUGGAUCUCAGGCUUCCGCCGGCCCGGACUCAGACACCCGUCCAGCAUCCUCAGCCUCUCCAGCACCACCGGCAGCGGUCGGACCGCCUGUUCGUCUGGCGCCAAGCGGCCUGACGUGGUCGGCAACGUGAUCCUCCACGACAAACUGAACCUGUGGAAGUCCUCCAAAGGCUCGGUCCACUAUCACCAAGGUCUUCAGUCUGGUGAUAACACCCUGAACGUCCUCUGUUGUCUCCGGGCGGUCCAGUCUCUCGUCUCCGGUCGUUUCACAGAUGUCUCUCAGCCGGACGCUCGAGCCGCCGUCCUGGCGGACUACGUCUGCUUCCUGACGACGCCCGGCUCGCACCGCGACACGUACGCCGAGUCCUCCCACCGCGCGUUCUUCGCAGACUGGCAGGACUGCAGACCGACGUCACCCCGUCAGGUGCUGAGGUUUGCAGAGGAACGCUCCAGGCACCUGCUGAGCUCCCCGUCCGCCGACAGCCAGCUGGACGCCAUCGGCUGCCUUCCCAUGGUUCUCCCCUUCGUCCUGCUGUCCGCAUCAGCCAAUGAGGAGCAGGCGGUUUCAGCAGCAGUGGAGUUUGUGAAGCUCACCCACCCCCACCCGAAGGUGCCUGAGUAUGUGUCCAUUUACAGCCGGGCGCUGCACGCCGUGCUGGGCGGAGCCGGCGUCCGCCAGCAGGCCGAGCGCGCUCUGAGGAGACUGGACGCCUGGGACGCCUGCCAGAGCUACAGCCGCAAGGCAGCCAGGUUUGCGUUGUCCUCUGAGGAUGGACUGAGGGUCCAUCAGAGCGCCGUGGACUUCCUCGGUCUGGCCUGCUACACUAAAGGAGCUCUGUGCAGCUUGUUUUAUCUGGCUCACGAGUUUCACGACGACCCCAGAGGAGGAAUCCUGGCCAACACCAACUGUGGAGGUGAGAACUGUAACCGUGGGGCGGCACUGGGAGCCCUGCUGGGGGCCGGGGGCUCGUACAGCGGAGCCGCCAUCCCACAAGAGUGGAAGGACGAGCUGAGAGACGCCCGCGAGUUCAUCCCCGGCGUCCUGAAGCAGCUGCAGUGACGAGUCCUGUUUGUCCUCCUGAUUCCAACAGCACAUGUUUUCUAUAAUGGUGGAAAUGUUUUUAAUCAUGUGGAAUAAAAAUGAGAUUCGA